AUGGGUAUCGUCAUAGAUGCCCUUUUAGUUUUUGUAUACAUAGAUUUUCUCAAAAAUGAGUAUCUUCAUGCCAAUGAACAGAGUAUUUUUGGGAAGGUUUUCAAAAAUAAUUGGGCUUUUGUUUUGAAUUCCAACACUAAUUCUACUGGGCGCAUAUGGCAACUUGUGGAAACUGCCUCCCAAGCAUCCAAAAUCCCAUCUGUGCUUAGAAAGUAUGAACCUGACCCUUCUCACGUGUUGGAUUGGGUUGAUUUGGAGGCCUCUUUAGAUGAUAUAUCAUACAGUGGCUGCCAGUUCACCUGGGCUAACAAUCAGUUUGAUGGCCACUAUAUUGUUUCUAAGAUUGAUAGAGUUUUGGGGAAUGACCAAUGGUUCAAAACUUUCCCUUUUUCUCAUGUCAGAUUUUGCCCUGCUGGUAUUUCUGACCAUUCCCUUACUGUCUUGUUUGUUGUUCCUAUAGGUGUUAGUUAUAGGAAGCCGUUUAAAUAUUUUAAAUUCUACGUUGACCACAAGGAGUUCAUUCCUAUUGCUCAGAGUGUCUGGUGGAAGUAUGUGCAAGGUUCUCCCAUGUUUAGAACCUGUUGUAAGAUGAGAUCCCUAAAACCUCUAUUAAAGGGUUUGAAUAAGAGGGACUUUAGUGAUCUGUCCUCUAGGGUUCAAUGUGCUAGAUCUGAGCUUGAAAAUGCUCGAAUCAAGCUUGAUAAGGACCCUUUGAACUUGGAGUUCCAAGUUAAUGAGAGAAAUUUGUGCAAAAAGUAUGUUGAUUUGUGCAAUGCUGAAGAAAGCCUUGCUCACCAAAAGUCUAGAGUCCAGUGGCUUAGUUUAGGUGACAGGAACAGUGCUUUCUUCUUCAGGUCCAUUAGAAAUAACCAGAAUAGGAGCAGCAAUAGUGGGGUUACCCUAGAUAAUGGGGUUAGGCUCACUAAGCCUCCUGAUAUUCAUAAUGCUUUUGUUGCUAAUUUCUCUAACCUGUUUGGGUCUCCUCACGCUGAUGAUUAUAAUGGUUUUGAGAGAGUUAACUCCUUAGUUAAUAAGAGGUUGACUUAUGCUCAAAUGGUCUUUAUAGCUAGAGAUGUGACUGUUGAUGAGAUCAAAGAUGUCUUUAAAUCCUUUAUCCCAACAAGGCCCCUGGCCCUGAUGGGUUCUUUGCUAGUUUCUUCCAUAGUACUUAGGAGGUUGUGGGCUCUGAAGUCACUCUUGCCAUUAAGUCGUUCUUUGACUCUAUCGGCUUUUGUCCAAGGCAGGAGAAUUGCUGAUAACAUUUUCCUCUCUCAGGAACUUAUGAGGGGGUACUACAAAGAGUCACUCUCUCCUACGUGUGCUAUGAAAGUUGAUUUAAUGAAAGCCUAUGAUAAUGUCAGCCUUCACGGGCAUUUCCAAGGGGCUAGGGGUUUGCGACAAGGGCAUGUCCCCUCUGUUCAACUUAUCAAGACUGGCCUUAUGGAAUUUCAAUCCCUCUCUGGCCUUGCUCUUAAUCCUCAGAAGAGCCAUGUCUUUUUCUCUGGGUGUGAUGCCUCCCUUAGAAAUGAUAUCUUAAGGAUUACCCAAUUUCAAGAAGGUCAUCUCCCUGUGAAAUAUUUAGGGGUUCCCCUCAUUCCUAUUAGACUUAAAGCUAUUGAUUGCCAGAGUCUUGUGACUAGGAUUACUGUUAGGAUCAAGUCUUCGACUAAUAAAACCCUGUCUUAUGCUGGGAGGGCCCAAUUGAUUAGUACUAUCAUUUUCUCCAUGCAAGUCUACUGGUCCUCUCUUUUCAUUCUUCCUAAGAGAGUUAUUAAGGAGGUGGAAGCUUUGUGUAGGUCCUUCCUUUGGUCUGAUCUCGGCCUUAAAAAUACUGGUGCUAAGGUUGCUUGGGAUAGAGUUUGUGCCCCUAAAAAUGGAGGUGGUUUAGGUUUUGAGUCUAUGACUAUAUGGAAUAAAGCUGUUGUGGCUAAGCAUGCUUGGUUUCUGAUAUCUUGUGGUGAGCAAUCCAUGUGGUGUCAACGGGUGAAAUCCUGUUUGUUAAGAGGCCAUAGCUUCUGGGAAGUUAAUGUUCCUUGUGACCCUUCUUGGUCUAAAGUGGCUUUUGUUGUGAAAGACAGUGGUUGGUGCUGGCCUAAUGCUUCCUCUUGGGUUGUGAAGGAAAUCCUUACUCACACUCCUCCUGACCUUACUCCUUCCAUGGGAAGCAAUGAUAAAAUUGUUUGGCUUCCUCAAAAGGAUGGUAAGUUUAGCAUUGGGUGUAAUAUGUGGAAGCUUUUCUUUGAGGGAUGUGAGGUCACUAUAAGAGGGUUGAGUGAUGUUACUCUAAUCAGUGGUGGAGUAAGCAUUGUGUUGUCCCCAUUGAGGCUACAAAUUGUCAGAGGAUCACCAGGACCAGGCUGCAUUGCUGCUCUAGUCUAA